AUGGGUAUCAUAUUUUUAAAAAAAAACAACAAAUUUGAAAAUUUUGUAGCAAUGGAAUCCAAAAUUUCGGAAAUGGAAACCAAAAUCAAAUGCUCAAAAAAUUUUAAAAAUAAUGUAUAUUGGAAAAUCAUUCUCUACGGCGUAAUUAUUGAAAUUUUUUUAUUACUAAUUUCAUAUAUCAAUUCUAGAUCAUUCAACACUUUGUUUGAAAAAUCAAAGUGUUAUGUAUACUCUAUAUUAUUUUCAAUUAUAAUUUAUACCUUAGCUAAAUUAUAUAAUUUUUUAUUCCAAUCUUUAAUAAAAAGCAAUGAGAAUAAAUUAAAAAAACUAAAUGUCGAUUUUCAAAAAUUAUUAGAUGAUACCAAACUAGAAGCCGAUAUUGAUAACUUAAAAAAAAAAAUAGAGGUAUAUGAAAAUUUAAAAAAAAGAAACCAACAAUCACAACAACCAGACCAACCGGACCAACCACAGCAACCACAACAACCACAACAACCAAACCAACCACAACAACCGGACCAACCAGACCAACCACAACAACCAAUUUAA